UUGUCAGUCAGUCAUUGACGCAUGCAGCCGUCCAAAUCUGCUGAGGUGUUAUUCUUCAAAUACGUCAGAAGCCACAAAAAAACCGGAUUGGAUUUUUUACUAAAGCUUGUUCAGAUUUAAAGACAAGCUUCUUGACAGCUGCAAGAGAAGUGCGAUGGACGAGGACGGCUACUUUGCUGAGGAAAAACAGGAAAACGUCGAGUUCUUCGGCGAGGCGAAUCGAGUCAAGAAACUUCUGGAGGAUUGUGCGAGGAAAAUCGCGGCGGCUGUCGACGCGGCUGCGAAAAUUGAGAAUAAUCAGGCUGAAAUAAUGAUGAUGACCGGCGGCACAUCCGUCUGCGGCGCAAAAUUCGCCACUUUAUUUCAAGGACUCGUCAACGUCGGUACCAUCAGGUUGGCGCUGACCGAUGAUGCAGAAAAGGUGCACACUUCCCGACUGCUUCGGGCGUGGAAGGAGCGUGACCGCUAUAGAGAAGAAAUUCGUGGCUUGCGGAAUGAGCUGCACAGCCUAAGGAUGUGCAUGAAAAUGAGAGUGGCCGCCAAGCAGCGACAAACGCAGCGAAAACAGGCCGACAUCGCCGACACCACUGCCGAGUGCAAGAGGCAAAUCGCUUGCUUAAGCGAAAGCUCAUCGGCGCGCGUCGCGGAGGCCGUCAGCGUUUCGCGCAACAACCAGGAAGAGAUGCGCCGCGAGCUUCUCAACGCCACAAGUCUGCUUGACGCCAUCAGACGAGAGCACGAUGACCAAGAGAAACAACUCAGACAAAUCAAGAAAAGCGCUGAAGAGGCGCUGGAGGGCAGAAUCAGCGAGUACGACGGCGAAAUGCAGCGGCUGGCGAACGAAAUUGAGGCCACCAGCGCCAAUUACACCUUGGAGCUGCACCAGUUGGAGCAACUGCGCAGCAAGUUCGAGGCGCAGGAGAUCGAGUACUCGGCCGGCAUGCAGCAGAAGCGGCUCGAGCAACAGCGCGAGGUGGAUCGCAGAAUCUUGCAGUUCCGCUCCCGCUUCGCCGCCAUGCGCAUCCAGCACUGCUGGCGGCAAUACCACGCCAGAAAACUCGAGCACCUCAAGAGCAAGAAGGGCAAGAAGGGACGCAAGAAGGCGCCCAAGAAGUGAAAAAUUUGAAAAAUUUAUAUUUUCUGCUUCAAAAUCUGAAGAAUUAUUUGAUAAAUUUAUUAAAAACCGCCUUUGAGGAAUUUUCUGAGCACACCAAUCGAUUCCUGAGGGUCGAAUUAGGUAAAAUGGAUAUUUUUUCCGGCCAAAAAGUCAAGCGCGAUGUGCAAACGUUUUUCCCGCCAAAACAAUAUGAAUGCGAGAACUGCGCAUGCGUCAGAGCUAGCUGGAUCUGACGAUGAAGCAAUUCG